CUAUGGGGUUAAGAGUUCGGCUUCGCUUGUUUAAAACUGUGGUAAAUGGUUGUCAACAAUUAAAAAGGUUCAGCAGUGACUUUGGACUCUCCUACUUCCACAACCCAGGCAAUGAGCCUCUACACUACCUGACCAUUGGCCAGCUGGCCAGUAGAGCGGCCAAUCGCUGGCCAGACAAGGAAGUGUUUGUAUCCCUUGUCGAUUCUUCCAGAAUCACAUUCAGUCAGGCUGAACAGCAGGCCAACAAGCUAGCAGCUGGGUUUCUAGAGCUGGGUCUUCAGCCUGGAGACAGACUAGGUAUUUGUAGUCCAAACUCUACACAAUGGUUCCUUACUGCGGUGGCAGCAGCCAAGGCUGGGCUCAUUCUGGUGUCUAUGAACCCCGCAUACUUGACCCACGAGUUGGAAUACUGUAUGCAUAAAGUUGGGGUUCGCGCCAUUGUGACGGAUGAGAGCUACAGAGUCCAAAACUACUACAAGAUGAUCUGUGAUAUCGUGCCUGGAUUAGCCAACUCGCCAGUCAACUCUAAAGUGAAUUGCAGCAAACUGCCAAACUUUUCUGUACUGAUUGUCAACUCUGAGAAGGUCUUCCCAGGGGCUUACCGGUUUUGUGACGUAAUGGAAGCUUCAGGCAGCCUUCAAGAAUUGCAAGCCAUAAGUAAAACAUUGAGGCCUGAAAACAAUGGGAACAUUCAAUUUACAUCGGGUACAACAGGGAAGCCAAAAGCAGUGCCACUGACACAUUUCAAUCUUGUCAAUAACUCUUACUGCUUCGGUAAAAGGCUGGGAAUGGACAAACAACACUACAAGAUUCUAGCUCAGUCUCCAUUCUUCCAUGUGUUGGGAUACAUCAGUGCUCUCAUGGCCAGCCUCAACUUUGGUAGUACGAUUGUCCUUCCCUCGCCUACCUUCAGUGUGCCUGACUCUUGUGAGGCCAUCAAGAAGGAGAAAUGUACCAUGCUACUAGGUACCCCCACCAUGUAUGUGGACCUGUGUAGUUAUGUCAAGAGUCUGCCACUAGAGGAGCAACAGCAGCACCUGUCUCCAGAGGUAGCUGUCAGUGGUGGAGCACUCUGCUCUCCUGAACUGUUCCGCAAGAUGAAGACCACCUUCGACUGUGACAGGGUAGUGUCAGUGUAUGGACUGACGGAGACGACAGCAAUGUGUUUUCAAUCUACACCAGAGGACUCUGAGUAUCAGAUGACUUCUACGGUCGGAAAGAUCAGUGAACAUGUUGAGGCCAAAGUAGUGGAUUCUUCCGGAAAGACUGUUCCCAUGGGAGAGACAGGAGAGCUGUGGAUGAGAUCCUUCAACAACAUGACAGGAUAUUGGGAAGAUCCUCAUGGAACAGAAAACAUCCUUACCAGAGAUUACUGGAUCAAAACUGGAGAUAAGUUUGUCCUCUCCCCUGAUGGCUAUGGACAAGUGGUUGGAAGGAUUAAGGACAUGAUUAUCCGAGGAGGAGAGAAUAUUUCACCCAAGGAGGUUGAGGACUUUUUAGCGACACAUCCUAAUAUCCUGGAAGCCCAGGUUUAUGGAGUGUUAAGUGAGCGGCUCGGGGAAGAAGUAGGCUGCAGUCUAAGGUUGCAGCCUGGAGCUCAAAUAUCCGAACAGGAGGUCGUAGACUUCUGCAAGGGUCAGAUUUCCUACUUCAAAAUACCAAAGUAUGUAGAAGUGCUUAAGGAAUUCCCCAAAACUGGCUCUGGAAAAAUACAAAAGUUUAAGCUACGAGAGGCAAUGGAGAGAAAACUAGGAUUAAGAAAAUAGAUCUGAUGGCAAUAGUGACUGUUUGUUGUUGUUUUCCCUGUUUACAUUAAUAUGAUAAGACUAACAAAGUUCUGUAUAUAAAAUCUCUUUAUGAUCAAAUAAAUUUGUGUAUCAGCUCUGUUUUAACAGAUAUGUUAUAACAAUAGA